GGCGAGGCGGGCGGCGCCGCGGGGAUCCCGGGGCAGCUGAGGGCCCCUCCUGACUCGGCGCGGCAACAUGGACCGGAUGGCCAGCUCUAUGAAGCAGGUGCCUAACCCGCUGCCCAAGGUGCUGAGUCGGCGCGGGGUCGGCGCGGGGCUGGAGGCUGCGGAGCGGGAGAGCUUCGAGCGGACUCAGACUGUCAGCAUCAAUAAGGCCAUUAAUACGCAGGAAGUGGCCGUGAAGGAAAAACACGCCAGAACGUGCAUCUUGGGCACCCACCAUGAGAAGGGGGCUCAGACCUUCUGGUCCGUCGUCAACCGGCUGCCUCUCUCCAGCAAUGCCAUGCUCUGCUGGAAGUUCUGCCACGUCUUCCACAAACUUCUCCGUGAUGGACACCCAAAUGUUCUGAAGGACUCCCUGAGAUACAAAAAUGAAUUGAGUGACAUGAGCAGGAUGUGGGGCCACCUGAGUGAGGGGUACGGACAACUCUGCAGCAUCUACCUCAAACUGCUGAGAACAAAGAUGGAGUACCACACCAAAAACCCCAGGUUCCCAGGCAACCUUCAGAUGAGUGACCGGCAGCUAGACGAGGCUGGGGAAAGUGAUGUCAACAACUUUUUCCAGCUAACAGUGGAGAUGUUUGACUACUUGGAGUGUGAACUGAAUCUCUUCCAAACGGUGUUCAACUCUUUGGACAUGUCCCGCUCCGUGUCAGUGACGACAGCUGGGCAGUGCCGCCUUGCCCCGUUGAUCCAGGUCAUCCUGGACUGCAGCCAUCUCUAUGACUACACUGUCAAGCUUCUCUUCAAACUCCACUCCUGUCUCCCAGCUGACACCCUGCAAGGCCACCGGGACCGCUUCAUGGAGCAGUUCACAAAGCUGAAGGAUCUGUUCCUCCGUUCCAGCAACCUGCAGUACUUCAAGCGACUUAUUCAGAUUCCCCAGCUGCCUGAGAACCCACCCAACUUCCUGCGAGCCUCAGCCCUGUCGGAACACAUCAGUCCUGUGGUGGUGAUCCCAGUGGAGGCCUCGUCCCCUGACAGCGAGCCAGUCUUGGAGAAGGAUGACCUCAUGGACAUGGAUGCCUCCCAGCAGAAUUUAUUUGAUAACAAGUUUGAUGACAUCUUCGGCAGCUCAUUCAGCAGCGAUCCCUUCAAUUUCAACAGUCAAAAUGGCGUGAACAAGGAUGAAAAGGACCACCUCAUCGAGCGACUGUACAGAGAGAUCAGUGCGCUGAGAGCCCAGCUGGAAAGCGUGAAGACUGAGAGCCAGCGGGCCAUGCUGCAACUGAAGGGCCGUGUGAGUGAGCUGGAGGCCGAGCUGGCUGAGCAGCAGCACCUGGGCCGGCAGGCGGCCGAUGACUGCGAGUUCCUCAGGGCAGAGCUAGACGAGCUCAAGAAGCAGCGGGAAGACACGGAGAAGGCGCAGCGGAGCCUGACAGAGAUAGAGAGAAAGGCCCAGGCCAAUGAGCAGCGGUAUAGCAAGCUCAAGGAGAAGUACAGCGAGCUGGUUCAGAACCAUGCCGACCUGCUGCGGAAGAAUGCAGAGGUGACCAAGCAGGUCUCCAUGGCCAGGCAAGCCCAGGCAGAUUUGGAGCGAGAAAAAAAGGAGCUCCAAGAUUCCUUUGAGCGCAUCAGUGACCAGGCCCAGCGGAAGACCCAGGAACAGCAGGAAGUUCUAGAGAGCUUGAAGCAGGAGCUCGCCACCAGCAGGCAGGAGCUGCAGCUCCUGCAUGGCAACCUGGAAACUUCUGCCCAGACAGAAGCAAAAUGCACAGCGCAGGUCACUGAGCUAGAAAAGGAGCGGGACAGCUUGACGAGCAUGGUGGCGGGUCGCGAGGAGGAACUGUUGGCCCUUCGAGAGCAGCUGGAGUGCUCCCAGCUCCAACUGGCCAGCGCACAGGAGUCUAUGUGCCAGCUUGCCAAGGACCAGCGGAAGGCGCUGCUACUGCGGUCCAGGAAGGUUGUGGAGCGCAUGGUGCAGGAGGCACUGAGCCAGCUGGAGGAGCCCACGCUCAUCAGCUGCGCAGGGUCCACAGAGCACCUUCUCGCCAAGGUCAAGUCUGUUUCCAGCUGCAUCGAGCAACUGGAAAAGAGUCGGAGCCAGCAUCUGGCCUGCCCAGAAGAAAUAAGUGACCUUCUGCACUCUGUCAUGCUGCUCGGCCACCUGACCAGUGACACCAUUGCUCAUGGGAGCAGCACCAGCCUCAGGGCCCCACCAGAGCGUGCAGACUCGCUGACCGAGGCGUGCAAGGAGUACGGCAGGGAAACCCUCGCCUACCUGGCUUCCCUGGAGGAAGAAGCCCCCCUCGAGAACACUGACAGCACUGCCAUAAGGAGCUGCCUGAGCAGGAUCAAGGCCAUUGGCGAGGAGCUGCUGCCCAGGGGCCUGGAUAUCAAGCAGGAAGAGCUGGGAGACCUCGUGGACAAGGAGAUGACUGCCACUUCAGCUGCCAUUGAAGCUGCCACAGCCCGGAUCGAGGAAAUGCUCAGCAAAUCCAGAGCAGGAGACACAGGCGUCAAGCUGGAGGUGAACGAAAGGAUCCUUGGCUCCUGUACCAGCCUGAUGCAAGCCAUCCAGGUCCUGAUUGUGGCAUCAAAGGAUCUCCAGAGGGAGAUUGUGGAGAGCGGCAGGGGAACUGCAUCCCCUAAGGAGUUUUACGCCAAGAACUCUCGGUGGACAGAAGGACUCAUCUCAGCCUCCAAAGCUGUGGGCUGGGGAGCCACCAUCAUGGUGGAUGCUGCUGACCUAGUGGUCCAAGGCAGAGGGAAAUUUGAGGAGCUACUGGUGUGUUCCCAUGAAAUUGCUGCUAGCACGGCCCAGCUUGUGGCCGCAUCUAAGGUGAAAGCUGAUAAGGACAGCCCCAACCUUGCCCGACUACAGCAGGCCUCUCGGGGAGUGAACCAGGCCACAGCAGGGGUGGUAGCCUCCACCAUUUCGGGCAAAUCACAGAUCGAAGAGACAGACCAUAUGGACUUCUCAAGCAUGACACUAACCCAGAUCAAGCGCCAAGAGAUGGAUUCCCAGGUCAGGGUGCUGGAGCUGGAAAAUGAGCUACAGAAGGAGCGUCAAAAACUGGGAGAGCUGAGGAAAAAGCACUACGAGCUUGCUGGUGUUGCUGAGGGCUGGGAAGAAGGAACAGGAGCAGCUCCACCUACGCUGCAAGAAGCAGUCCCUGAAAAAGACUAGAGGCGAGCUAACGUGCCAUACGUCAAUUCUUUUCCGUUUCAUCAUUUGCACAAAUUUCCAAGCAUCGAGGACUGGUGGACUCCAAGCCAGGACGCUCCCGGAGUGCAGCCAGGACCACGGGGGCAUCCAGGCUGAGAACAGCAAGGCAGCUCUCCCCUUCCUUUGCAGUUCCAUGGAUUCUCACUGCUUCUUACGGUGGUCAUUCGAGUCUCUUGGUUUUAGGUUUGGAAGUUUAGCUCACACAGCCCACUCUCCCUGGAGCUCCGAGCCCCCGGGCCCACACCACACAACCACGGUACUGCUCAGGCUUCCCCCUGGUGCUCCAACUCGGCCUCCUCCCCGAGCGCCCCACUGAGUGAGUGCUCGCCAGGGGCAGGUGACAGCUCUCCUCAGAAGGCCGAAGCAGAGUGAGUGCCUUUCCUUCCUCACGCUGGGCACCGGUG